CCAGGUGCCGUCUGAAUUCAUCGACUUUCUUUCCUGUCCAUACUUAAAAGGAUAGAUUAAGAAUACCGGAGACGCUAAACUGCACUAGGACAUUACACCAGCUGCAACAUCACUUUGCUUUAAACUUCAGCCAACAGUUUAAGUAGAGUCGUUUUUACUGUAACAAGUUUCAAAAAUAUGUCUUGGCAAAGCUACGUGGACAACUUGAUGGCCGAUGACAGCUGCCAGGAUGCUGCCAUUGUUGGGUACCACGCUUCGGAGAAAUAUGUUUGGGCAGCAUGUAACGGUGGUUCUUUUUCUAAUAUCACGCCUGACGAAAUUGAUGUGGUAGUUGGCAAGGACAGGGAGGGAUUCUUCACCAAUGGGCUGACCUUAGGGAAAAAGAAGUGCUCUGUGAUCAGAGACAGCCUUCAGGUUGAUGGGGACUGGACAAUGGACAUCAGGACAAAGAGUCAAGGAGGAGAGCCAACAUACAACGUUUCUGUAGGCAGAGCUACAAAAGUUUUGGUUAUAGUCAUGGGAAAGGAAGGUAUCCAUGGAGGACAGCUCAACAAGAGUGCACAUAGCAUGGCUCAGUACCUGAGGAAAGCAGGGUUCUAGGGUGGCUUCCCUUCCCAUCCAUCCAUCCGUCCAUCCAACCAACCAACCAACCAAUCAACCAUCUACAUAGCAUCUCCUUUCAGUCCCCUUCCAUACAAUUACAGACUCUCCUCUCUUGUUGACAGCACUACUAGAUAUAGUUAACAGAUGCAUCCUGUUCAUCCCAUCUUUAUUUGCACCUGUGUUUUGUCCUGCACUCUUCUCUUACCUGUGUAAUUUGGAGUUAACACUGUGUUCCGGACGCCUGUUUUGACAUCUCCAUCGUGCCACAGUUUAAAAUACGCAUGUUUUACUUUUUGUGAUGGUUUAAAAGCAGUACUGUACUUACAUGGAACUGUCCGUUAAAGUUUUUUUUUUUUUCUUUUUUUUUUUUCCUGAAACCGGACUUGCAUACUUUAAUUGAUUAAUACUAAUAAUUACCUGUCCAGUUUAUUUUGGAGGCACUAAUGGUCCAGCCUACGUGAUUUUCUUUCUUUUCUUUC